AUGGCAGGAACACGAGGAAGGAAAAUUUUGGAGAUGGUGUAUAAAAUCAAUACCACAUCCAAUGACCGUCAAAACGACGAAACUAUAGUAGACUUAAAUCAGGUUCCACCACAACAAGAUUCAAACGAAAGUUCAGAGUUUAACUCAACAUCAGCUACCGAUCAAUUAUCCAAUUCUGAAAUACUGAAGAGAGAAACAAAUUUGCAUCAGAUGCCACCUGAAGGUGAAAUUGCUUGUUCAACUUCCCACCAAUCUUCUACUUCUGGUAUACCAAAAGAAACGCAUGUGCAUCAGAUGCCCCCUGAAGGUGACAGCAAUCCUUUAGAUUUUCACCCACCAUCAAGUUCACAUCAGUCGUUAAGUCGCGAAGUACUGGAAUCGGAAGCAAAUAAUCAGCAGGAGCCUUCACCUGGAGAUGAAAACACUUUGCCUUCAACAUCUACUCAUCAAUCGUCAUCAUCAGAUUCAGAUUCUGAUUCGUCCUCAUCAGAUUCCUGCAGUUCAAGCGAGGACUUUUCAAGUGACGACAGCUUGAAAGAUCCCAACUAUAAUGAUUCUUCAUCUUCUUCAUCCUCUGAAGUAAUACCUGAAGAAGUAGAAUUACAGAAAAAAAGAAAAAGGAAGGCUGACCCAAACACAUGGGAGAAAACUGCUGCCAAGAUUCGCCGUAAUUCUGGGAAAGAAUAUGUAUCCAGUUCUAAGAGCAAGAGGAUUUAUGGUGCUAAAAAAAUUGGAAAGGCAUGCACUAAUAAAUGUAGACUACAGUGCGCUACAAAAAUACAGGUAGAAGAAAGGCAGAAAAUAUUCGAAGAGUUCUGGAAACUAGGCGAUAUCCAAAGACAGCGUCAGUUUAUCCUAUUUAGUAUGGAAAGUAUUUCCCCUAAAUACCAAUAUAAAAGAGAAAACAGCAAUAGAAUGUGCAAUAAUGCAUUUCAUUUUCAUAUUGGGGGAAAUAAAAUACGCGUAUGCAAAACAUUUUUUAAGGGGACCCUAGCUAUAACUGAUCGCCCAAUUCGAACAGUGCUUCAUAAGAAACAACAAUCAGUAAGCGGAAUGAUAAGCACAGAUUUAAGAGGCAAACACAAUAAUCAUCGUAAAAUUGAUGAUGCAAUAAAGGAAGGAGUUCGGCAACACAUAAAUUCGAUCCCCAGAAUAGAGAGCCAUUAUUGUAGGAAGGAUUCAAAAAAAGAAUAUAUUGAAGGAGGAAAAACCGUAGCAGAGUUACAUAGGGACUACGUCGAACAAUGUAGAGAAAACAACCUUCCUCAUGCCAAUUACUUAAUGUAUUUCAGAGUGUUUAGCGACUUCAAUAUUUCCUUUUUUCAGCCCAAAAAAGACAUGUGCGAGGAUUGCGUAUCAUUUACCAACGCAUCGGAAGAAGAAAAGGAGAAGUGUAGGCUGACACGGAACAUAGCUAAAUGUUAUGUUUGGGAUGAAACAGAAGCCAACCGUGGAGUUAAUGAAAUUGGAAGCUGCGUUUUGUUGUAUCUGCAAAGUUUAGAAGAACAAGCUAGCAAAACUUCUAACAAAGUAUUGGAUGUCAUAUUUUAUUCAGACAAUUGCUGCGGUCAGCAGAAAAACCGUUUUAUGAUGUCCAUGUACCUAUUUGCUGUACAAAAAUAUCCGCACAUAAACUCGAUUACUCAUAAGUUCCUUGUGAAAGGCCAUAGUCAGAACGAAGGUGAUAGUGUACACGCGACAAUUGAGCGAGAAAUCACAAAAUCACUGAGGUCGGGACCCAUCAAUGUUCCGCAACAAUACGUUACAAUCAUUCGUGCGGCCAAGAAACGAGGCACGCCGUAUGAGGUACGUGAACUAAAUCAUGAAUCCUUUUCAGAUUUGAAAGAUUUAGCUGCAAGGUUAGGAUUUAAUGUCCUCAAAACCCCAAAUGGAGAACUUGUGAGGAUUAGCGAUAUAUCCAUGUUAAGAGUAGAAAAAAAGUUCUCUAAUAGAGUAUUUUUCAAAACAUCAUUUUCGGAAACUGGCUUUCAAAGUAUUGAAAUCAAGAAAGCUCGAACAUCAUCCACUCGUAAGAUCAAUGAACCUUCAACAACAACGGAACUAAAACAAGCCUACAGUGCAAACCAAAAAAUUAAAGAUAAUAAAAAGACAGACCUAUUAAAACUGCUGGAAAAAAACAUUAUUCCAAAGUUUUAUUCAUAUUUUUAUACAAACCUUUAG